AUGUCUUCAGAAUCCUCAAUCUCGUACGCUGCAUUGAUCUUAGCUGACGCUGAGCAAGAAAUCACUUCAGACAAAUUGCAAGCCAUCACCAAGGCUGCCGGAGCUCAAGUUGACUCCAUUUGGGCCGAUGUUUUCGCCAAGGCUUUGGAAGGUAAGAACUUGAAGGAAUUGUUGUUCUCUUUCGCUGCCUCUGCUCCAGCUGGUGGUGCUGCCACCGCUGGUGGUGCUUCCGCUGCCGCUGGUGAUGACGCUGGUGCUGCCCCAGCUGAAGAAGAAAAGGAAGAAUCUGAUGACGAUAUGGGAUUCGGUUUAUUCGAUUAA